CCCAAAUUCCCACCCUCCCCCAACGAGACAAAGUCAAACCCAAGGUCAAAGCGGCGCACGCGGCCGUGUCCUCCACCCUCGCCGUCGCCGACGCCAAUGGACGCCGCGGCCGCGGCCGCCCCGCGCGGCGGCAGCACCGGGCGACGCCCGACCUCCUCCUCCUCGGCCUCCAGCGCGGCCGCCGCGGCGCGCGCGGCGGCGGCCCGCGAGGCGAUGGCGCGCAUGGAGGAGGUGAUGCUCGCCCACGCCGGCGCCGCCGGCGAGUUCAGCAUCAUCCUCGACGCACCCCUCCCUUCCCUCCACCACUACCGCCGCAACCCCACACCUGACGCCGCCGCGCGGCGCGGGGGCGGCGGGAGGGACGAGGUCCCCGCGCGUCUGCGGCGCGAGGGGAGCGGCCACGACGCCGCCGCCGUCGACGACCUGAACGCCGCGGCGCGCUCCCGCCGUGGGGCGGACAGGUACCGGGACGGAGCCGGAGCGGGGAGGCCGCGCGCUGACAGGUACUACCGGGGUGGGGAGGAGGAAGAGCGGGUGGAGGCGCCGGUGCGGUUGGUUGCCCCGCGUGGCGGCGCGCGGAGGGAGGGUGCCCGUGGCGGUGGCGGUGGCGACGCUCCUCCACCGCCCGUGAGGCCCGCCUCCGCCGAGGGGAAACCGGCGGCGGCGGUAGUAGAGGAGGAUACAGCGCUGCAGCUGCUGGCGCGUGGCCGUGGCGGGCGGAGCUCGAGCGCGACGAGGCGCGUGGAGGAGGAGAGGCCGUCGAGCCGGCGAUCGGGGCGGGAACGCGCCGGGGACACCGGUGCGAUUAAGGCCGUCGAGCCCGAGAAGCCGGCGGCGGAGGUCGAGGCGGAGGUCGUGGGGCGGUGGAGCAGGCGAGAGCGCGAUGACGGCGGCGAGGAGGCGGCGGUCUCGCGGAAGCCGUUGGCAGCAGCGCCGGUGGUCGUGGAUGAGGAGGUGACGCCCCUGCAGCUGCUGGCGCGUGGCGCGCGGAGCUCGAGCGCGGCGAGGCGCGUCGUGCAGGAGGAGCCGCAGGUGGUGGAGGCUGUGGCGGCGAGGCCGUCGAGCCGGCGGUCGAGACGGGAAGGCAAUGGGGACGCCGGUGUGAAGGCCGUUGUGCCGGACGCGGCGGCGGAGGUGGAGCCGGAGAUCGCUGGGCGGUGGAGCAGCCGGCGAAGCGAGGAUGGCAGUGAGGAGGCGGCGGCGGUUUUGCCUAAGCCGUUGGCCGCGAUCGUCACCGGAGCUCGGAGCAGGAGCAACUCACCGGCGAUAAGUCGGAAUGGUGUGGACACUGGUGCAGCAAAUCGCCCUCCAUCAACUGGAAGGUCAACUUUUGCACCACCUGUUGGGGUUAAUAUCAGACCUCUACAAGCGGUGGAAAUGCCAAAUGGGACCCCUCGGGAAAGAAGGGCAAUCUAUCCAGAUCCCACUUUUGCUCAGUCGACACGGUCACGAGACUCACAUGACAGUUCAACAAUAACAGAAGAGCUUGAGAUGCUAAAAGAUGAAAAUGUAAACCUUUUGGAGAAGCUUGGACUAGCUGAAGAGAGAUUUAGACAAUCUGAAGCCCGGACAAGGGAGCUCGAGAAACAGGUUGCUAAUCUCGGUGAUGGGUUAUCUAUGGAAGUUAAGCUUAUGAAAAGGAGGGAGGAGAUGCUCGUAAGAAAGGAGCAAGAAAUAAGAAAAGCACUUAUAUCGAAGAAUGAUAAAAGCGAGGAAAUUGCCACUCUUCAAAAACAGCUGCAGUCUGCAAGAGAAAAGGAGGCUGCUGCUGUUCAGAAACUCCAAGAAGCAGAGUCUGAAACAAAAUAUUUACGCACGAUGACACACAGGAUGAUCUUGAGCAAGGAAGAAAUGGAAGAAGUUGUUAUGAAGAGGUGUUGGCUUGCUCGUUAUUGGGGCUUGGCUGUUCAAUAUGGCAUCUAUCCUGAUAUUUCCAUGUCAAAACAUGAAUACUGGUCUUCAUUUGCUCCUCUUCCCUUUGAGUAUGUAACAGCUGCUGGACAGAGAGCUAAGGAUGGAUCUCUUCGUAGUGGUGAUGAUUUGGAAGACACAGAAAGGUUUGUUCAUGAGUUGACAGUAACAGCUGGAGAAGGCAACAUAGAAACCAUGCUUUCUGUUGAUAAAGGGCUUCAAGAACUAGCUUUCUUGAAGGUUGAGGAUGCUGUUCUUAUUGCUCUUGCCCAUCAUCAUCGUCCUAAUGUUGCUGAACUAGUAGACCCAGAUAUUAAAUCAUCUGGUGAUGAAAAAUUCACUGAAGCAUUUGAUCUCAGCAAGGAGGAAGAGGAAGAUGUAUUGUUCAAGCAGGCAUGGCUCGUAUAUUUCUGGAGAAGGGCUAAAACCCAUAACGUGGAAGAUGAUAUUGCUGAGGAGCGGUUGCAGAUGUGGAUUGAUCGACAUGGGCAGCAGCCCACCUCACAUGAUGCUGUAGAUGUUGAUAUGGGUAUACGCGAGCUGAGGCGCCUAGGAAUCGAACAGCUACUAUGGGAACUUUCGCGGAGAGAGGCGAACUCUACCAAAGAAGAGGAGCUGAACAGCACCAAAGAAGAGCUGAAAAACACCACCACAAAAGAUGAGAUGGACACCACCAACGAGGAAUCGUCCGAUGUCGAGGAUCUGACCUAGCAGCCUCAAACAAAGCUUGCACUGGGUCUCAGACUUUCAGUUUUUCCCCCUCUGUGAUGUACAUGAACCGUAGAACAUUACAAAAAAAGAUGUUUCUUGUUUAUGAUUUUGAGUUUUUGUUACAACAUAGUAGUCGAUUGAUUCUUUUUUUGGUGUACAUAACUUGCAUCCCCAACCCAAACAGUGUUGUUGACUUGUUACAGCAUCUUGAAAGGAUGCAUAUUAAAUCAAAUUGUGUACUUUCCAUAGGCCUAAACAUAUAUAGCUGCUUGACUUGAUGUU